UGCAUGCGUGUUUCAAGUGACCGGAGUUUUAAGUAAGCCGUGCCCCCCAUUUCAGUAAAGGAGGUGGUACCUUCCAGGCGCAGCUCGGUCCCUAUGGAGAGCAAUUGCUGAAGCGCCGGAGUUUAGAAGGAGAAAGAGGGAGAGCGUGCGAGUUUGGAGAAGGGGAAUUAUGGCGGUGAGAAUGUCAUUCCAUUGCCACGGGAGUACUUCGUUUCCCACGAGAAUGAAAGCCACGUUUCUGCUUUUGUUUUUCAGCGUAUCUGGCGCGGGCAGCAACCAGGUGGUGGUGUCGGAGAAGGUGGGGGCGGUCCUGGGGAAGAACAUCACGCUGGGCUGCCGGAUCGAGGUGGGGGCCAACCUCAGCCUGACCCAGAGCUCCUGGGAGCGGCGGCUGCCCUCGGGCACCCUCACCCUGGCCGUCUUCAACCCCCAGUUCGGCAUCUCCGUGGCGCCCGAGUACGAGAAGCGGCUGCACUUCCGCUCGCCCUCCGCGCACGACGCCACCGUGGUGCUGGAGGACGUGGGCUUCGCCGACAGCGGCGUCUACACCUGCAAGGUGGCCACCUUCCCCCUGGGCAACACCCAGGCCUUCACCACCGUCAGCGUCAUGGUGGAGCCCAAGGUGUACGUGUCGGCGGGCUCCGCGCCGCUCCUGGACGGCGGCAACGAGACGGCGGUGGCCACCUGCACGGCGGAGCGGGGGCGGCCGCGGGCGGAGGUGUCCUGGGAGUCGGAGCUGCUCGGCCGGUCCGUGGCGCAGGACCAGGACGAGCCCAACGGCACCACCACCACCCUCGCCCGCUACAUGUGGCGCCCCACUCGCCGCGCCCAGGGCCACGCCCUCACCUGCGUGGUGCGCCACCCCGCCCUGCAGACAGAGUUCCGCAUCCCCUACCGGCUCAACGUGCAGUUCGCCCCCGACGUGGUGUUGACGGGGUACGACGGAAGCUGGUUCGCGGGGCGGGAGACGGCGAGGCUCCAGUGCAGAGCCCACGCCAACCCGCCGGCCCACUACGUGAGCUGGAGCAGGGUGGGCGGGGAGAUCCCGGACGGUGUGGAGGUGGCGAACGGGACGCUGGUGUUCGCGCGGCCGCUCCAGCGGAACGACUCGGGGGAGUACCGCUGCGAGGCCUGGAACGACCUGGGCCGCCGCAGCCGCGAGAUCCAGGUGCAGAUACAAGAGCCUCCUCCCACCACCACCACCCUCCCCACCACCGCCGCCCCCGCCCCCGACGACCCCUCCACCGGCCCGCUUCCCAACAAGCGGGGCCCCAAGUCCGCCGCCUCCCCGACGCUGGCCUCGCUGACGGACGGCAGCCUGGGCACCGUCGUGGGCGGGGCGGUGGGCGGGGUCCUGUUCCUGGUGCUGCUGCUGGUGCUGGGCGGGGCCUGCUACAUGCGGCAGCGCCGGACCUUUCGCGGGGACUACUACACCAAGCAGUACCUGGGGCCCACCGACAUGCAGAAGGAGUCCCAGCUGGACGUCCUGCAGCCGCACGAGCUCCAGGAGGUGUACGGGGACGGCUCGGGGAAGGGGAGCCAGCAGGACCUGAAGCCCAAACCCGGGGCGGGGGACGACGUCAUCUACCCCGACUACCCCGCCGACCACAAGGACCGGGAGGAGUGGGGCGACAACGCCAAGAACGGCCGCCGGGCCCAGCGGGAGGAGGACCGCUUCCCGGACCACCACAGCCCCAACAACGUCCACCCGCGGGGCCCCGCCCUUAACAACGGCUCCCCCUACCUGCCGGAGGACUGCUACGACAACGGCACCGACAGCGACUACGUGUCCCACCUGGACGGGUCUGUGAUCUCGCGCAGGGAGUGGUACGUCUGAGCCCCCGGGAGGGAUGCAAUCUAACUGCAAAAAGACUAAAUAGAUCUCUGAAUGGAACACAGCGAAAGAGAGACCAUUCAAAAGCGAAAAUGAAAAAAGGAAAGCUCUGUAUUUUUUUUUUUGUUUGUUUCCUCUUCCUUCUACUUCACUCGCUUUCUCAGUGAACUUCGAGGCUCGUCUUUAACGGAUCGGACUCUUGAGCAGGACGUCCCGCUCUCAGAGGCUUCCAGGGGAAUGUGUCUGAACACUUCUGUGGCACGUGGAUGAACACUUCCUGUCUGGAGUCGCUCACGCUGUCAUUGUCUUUGUGCUUGACCUGGAAGCGAUUAAAAAAACCUGCCUUCCCUGGUAGUGGGCCUGGGGUUUGACCCCCCCAAAUCCCUCCCCCAAUCUGUGUAACAUGGGGAUGCUACACAAAAUGUAGGCGUUCAUCUAAUCAUUGAUUCCUAACGGUUUAACAAGCAAUACACAUUUGAAAAUGGAACACAAACGAUUUUAUAGAUUUAAUCCCCUGCAUCACUCCUAAAAGCAGCUCGGCAAGGUUGUACCUGUAAAGGGGGUCAGUAUUGUAUUUUAUUUUUUUUGAGAACUCAAAGUGGACAGAAGGGCAUGCAGUGCAGCCAGAGCUCCGGUGAAGGCAGAGCUAGCCGAUGUCUCUGUCAGCAGGCCCCUCCCUCUCUCCUGCGAGCCAAUCAGCAGGCCCCUCCCUCUCUCCUGUGAGCCAAUCAGCAGGCCCCUCCCAUUCGCCUGUAGAGCCACUGCCUUUGCUUAGUUUGGAUCGGAUUACGUUUUUUCUGAUCUGAUUUGCGAGACCGGGUCAGGGCUUGAUUUAUACGUCAGGGGACCUGUUUUAGGGAGGGGGGGGGCAGUGUUUCCCACGCAGGGAGGGGGGGGGGAGCGGAGGCCGGAAACCUAGAUGUGUUCAGAGAGAAGGAACCACACCUCUGAGCUAACUGUGGUAUUCCCCUGUCCGCUGGGGCCCUUGGGCUGUCGAGAGGGAAGUAAAGAGGGCUCUCUGUGAGUGACGAAGCAGAUUCUUCACCUUAUUUACAUUCGUUUUGCCAGUCCCCCACAAUGCAACAGUAUUUUUGUAGUGUUAUGGUAUUGAUGAACUAUCACUGAAUUUCACCGAGAUGAGAUGGAGCGAUUUAGCCUGGUGUGAUAAAGCGAAUUAUGUUUUUAUGAUCCAGAUAACCCUUAGCACUUGAAGCAGAUUAACCGAGUAUGUUUCUCAUCGUUAUUUUUUACAUCUCUCUCCAGUGUAAAACGGUGGAUUUGAAUGCUCUUUACGACAGCCAGAAAAUGAGCUCUAAUGAAUAGCUCAUUUGCCUGCAUAUCAUUUUGAUGGCAGUAAAUGCUGAUUGGAUAUGAGCGUUUAAUUACUUUAGAGAGGGGAUUCCUUCCCUGGUGCCCCGUGUUUGUUUUCGGUACGGUGGAGAAAGGGAACGGGAAUGACAUCAGCAGGCUUUUUGGAGAAAGGUGCAGGCUGUUUCAGGUACAGGUGCUACACUGUUAGCCUGUGGUUCCCUACAGCCUUGGGCUGUCUGAGCUACAGUAGCAUGUGCUACACCGUUAGCCUGUGGUUCCCUACAGCCUUGGGCUGUCUGAGCUACAGUAGCAUGUGCUACAUCGUUAGCCUGUGGUUCCCUACAGCCUUGGGCUGUCUGAGCUACAGUAGCAUGUGCUACAUCGUUAGCCUAUGGUUCCCUACAGCCUGGGCUGUCUGAGCUACAGUACCAUGUGCUACACCGUUAGCCUGUGGUUCCCUACAGCCUUGGGCUGUCUGAGCUACAGUACCAUGUGCUACAUCGUUAGCCUGUGGCUCCCUAGAGCCUGGGCUGUCUGAGCUACAGUAGCGUGUGCUACACCGUUAGCCUGUGGUUCCCUACAGCCUUGGGCUGUCUGAGGUAGAUUAGCAUGUGCUACACCGCUAGCCUGUGGUUCUCCACCCCGCCUGCUUCUCCUGAAGAUCGCCUGCUCCCUGGGAGUCCCGCGUCGUGACGCCGUCGUCGCGGUCAGGUGGAUGAGCUCGCUUCAAAGUGUUAGCGAAGCGGCGAGAGAUUCUGGAGCUUCGUGCGCCGACACUUCCUAUUUUAGCUUGUUUAUAGUCCCUGGCUCUCAAACGCACAUGCUGUUGGCAGCCAAGUACCGGCUGUUUUUAACUGCCUAGCAACACAACUGAUUUUUUUUUGAGACUGCCGCACCAAAAAAUAAGUAAGUAAUAAUUAAAAAAUUAUAAAGUUCAGCAUACACAGUUCUCACCAGUCGUGUGUAGAUUGCACUUGUGGUUUCUCGUUUUUUUUUUAAUUAUAUGUUAUGAGAAACAAGCUGCUGGAUUUUUUAUUUUUUAUUUUUAGCGGAGGGGUAACCUCGUGCGCCCUCUGGACUGCCUUGUCAUUUGUAAACCUGGAAGGGGGGGGAGCAGGGAACGCGUUCGGCUUCGCCAGUCCGGCAGCGGGAGGGUUAAUUCUGGCUGUGGCCGGUGCAGGAGGAGAGCUGGCCGUCGGCCAGAAGUCUGUCCGUUAGUUGUGGGGCUUGUGGGAGGCAGAGCGGCGUCCUGCCCCUUUUUAAUUUAGCUCUUUAUUCUUCUUCUUCUUCUUUUUUUUUUCACCCCUCCCUCCACCCUCAUCCCCAGCUGCCCUUCCACUCCCAUCCCUCUGCCCGAAAGUGUAGACUCUGAGGACCCAGAAUACACUUCUGACGCACCAAACACAUCUGUUUCAGUGGAGGCCCAAGCCCAGUGUGAGAAGGCUGGGCCUUUACCUUAAACUCUACAACCCUUAGCUUCCUUCCUUCCUUCCCUUUUUUUAAAAACCCCCUCUCCGUGAGCUCGGUUAGGGUUCGUCCCCGGCCGCGUGCCGAUUGGCCUUGGCUGUUCGUAAGUGCGUCCGCCAUCUUUGAUUCGGGCACAUGUUUGGAACAUCCAAAUGCGAAACAAUGCCAAUUCAGUGGGGAGGUGUUUAGAACAGUGGUUCUCAGCCCUGGUCCUGGGGACCUGCUGUGUAUGCUGGGUUUUUUUUUGUCAAAGCCAGUUGAAAAUGUGUUUGUAAUUGAAUCAAUUAAAAAUGGAACCUCUUUCAAUUUAAACAAUUUGCCAUAUAGUACAUGCAGCCCUGUAAACAGAAGCUUAAGUUGAUCUGACCGAUUGAAAUUCCUGUGUUGUGAAUUUGGCAGAUAAAUUUUUUUUAAAUACGUACUUAAAAACUUAACAGUGCCAUUUCUGGCAGAAGGAGGCUUUAAGAGGGCGAAUCGUCCUUUAAUAGACCGUAAACGUGUCUAAUUAAGAGCAAUUAGCAGUUCGUUACGUACAGUACAGAGCUUGUAAUUAUGGUCGCAAGAAAAGCCAGCAUAUCCUGUGGGUCCCCCAGGACUGGAGCUGAGAAACACUGGUUUAGAGCUUACAAUUUCCCAGAGGGGUUUCUGGUCCCCCCAGCCCCCCCCCCCCCCCCCCAGGCCUCCUGUUAUGUCGGACGUCCCCAUUGGCUCAUCAUAAUGUGUACAUGUGCGUCUGUGUGCAUGUGCUUUUGUGUGUGUGCGUGUGUGUGUGUGUGCUUGUGUGUGUGUGCGUGUGUGCUUGUGUGUGUGCGUGUGUGUGUGUGUGUGUGCGCGUGUGUGUGCGCGCAUGUGUGCCCGCAUUCGUGCUUUGCGGAAAGCGCGUGUGAAUGUUCCAGCUCUGAGCGUGCUCAGUGAACUCUGUAGAAAUGAAUGCCCAGGCGUGUCUGCUUUGUGUCAUCCCUCCUCUGGAGAAGGGGAGAACACUUCAAGUGUUCAGCACGCCGAUGCUCUCCGCACGUCACCGUGAGCCUGGCCUCGAAGCCCGGAAACUUCCGGAAGCCUGCGUUCUGGGCUGCUUCUACUUCAGGCGUGACCUGAGGGAAGCCACACAGCCGCCUGUGGGAUGUACUGUAGGCGCAGAGCUCUGACACUGCGCCGUUUUAGGAGCUGCGCAGCUCAGUAAAGGGCAUCGGUGAGCUUUGUGGUAAGACUGUGUUCCCUCAGAGCUUAGACCUUCCUGUCCCUUUAUUUUAACUAGGAGAAAAAUACUGUACACUGUGCUUUGUGUGUCCGCGUGUGUGUCCGCGUGUGUGUGUGUGUGUGUGUGUGUGUGUGUGUGUGUGUGUGUGUGUGUGUGUGUGUGUGUGUGUGUGUGUGUGUGUGUGUGUGUGUGUGUGUGUGUGUGUGUGUGUGUGUGGUGUGUGUGUGUGUGCGUGUGUGUGUGCGUGUGACGUUUGGAGCAACGUCAUCAUCGACAUUGAUUGAUGCCAUAAGCAAGUGUGCGUGUGUGUGUGCGCUUGUGUGUGUGAGAUUGCUUUGCUUAAAAGAGUCUCCUUUUAUUUUCUUUCCCAUGCUUGGUUUUGGUUGCACAGAGAUUGAUUUUAAGCAUUCGUGCCUCUUUUUUUAACUUGUAGAUUUGAGCGUGCCUGAGUGCAUAUUACAGUAUGUAGCCAUGCGUGACAGGACAGCCUUAUUAGCGUGACUGGGGGUGUCAUCGGGCUCGGGUUCAAGGUGUAGCUUCUCUGCGUUGGUCUCGGUCUGUACAGCUUCAGCAUUGCAUCAUUUUCUGUUGUUUUCUGUCCCAGAACUAAUACGGAUUUACUGCCAUCGUAACUGACUUCAUAGUUUGGAAAGGAGGAACAUGCAGAUGGGGGUUGAGUUUUGAUUGCAUACUGUGUGAAAUGGCAUGAUCAUUAUUGCCUUUAUUUCUCCCUUUCUUUUUAGUGCCAGGUAUGAAAUAAUUAAAGAGUCAGUGAUUCAAAGUUAGUGCCUUUAAAGGGAGGGAACGCGGAACAAAAUUGUAUUUUUUUUAUUUUUCGCUUCACUACCGUUCAAGGAAGAGCAUUUUAUUGAAAUGCUAAUGGGCUGGCGAGAUUUUGGACGUUUUCUUUCCUCAAGAGUUGACUAGAGUACCGUCACCAUUGUAUGUAAAUCAUAUUUAUAUCCAGUUAGCCUAGGGAACCUUUGCUUCAUUUCUUAAUUUCGUUCUCUAGGCUGUUUGUCUUCUGUUAGCUUGCGUAGGUAGUGGACGAGGAGGCCGGUUAGACCUUCUUACGCUCUGGCACGGACAUUUGUAGCACCAAAGUUACAAAGCACCUGAAGCAAAAAAAAAAAAAUUUCACUGGAAAUUGUACAUGUACACAGGGGAACUGUGGAGUAUAAUAGAGUUUUAAGUUAAUGUGUUUCUUUUGUAUAUAUGCUGGCUGGGGGCGGGGGCGGGGGCGGUGGGUUGGGGACAGGGGACAGGGGGGGGCGAUGGGGUCUGUCAGUGCUUUAUUAAGCAUUUUGGUUUGUGCGAGGCCUGGUGAAAUUCAUUAGGGAACAUUGAAAGCACCCACCUCAUGUUUUUUUUUUUUAAAAAGGUGUUUCCCUGUCAUGUUUAAAAAAAAUUGUUUUCUUUAGAGUUUUUGAUAAUUUUGUCUAUUUUGUACAUAAGGACGAUGUAAAGGUUUGAAAAGUGCAAACGAAACAACAACAACAAAAAAAGGAAAAGUGGUAAACUGUGGACAGUGACACAUUUUCUUCUUGUUUUGACACCUUUUGUUUGGAAUAAAGCACCAUUUUUUUCUGUGA